GUACAAAUGGGUAUAUUUUUUGGUGUAAGUGUAGGAUGGUCCUUUGAAUUUUUAUGCGACAACGUUGGUCUGGGACCUUCCUGAAUGUUCUAAAAAUCCCCCAUUAUCUUCAUCUUCAUCGUCUCUUCUUCAACCGCCCGGCGCCGUGAGAAACCCAUUCUAAGCAAUAAUAGAUGAUGGAUACCUUUCUCCUCACAGCUGCUUCUGCUUCUUCUUCGGAAGUUGGGAGUUUGGUACUCUGCUCUCAAAACCGCAACUUUCGCUCCAAAUCUGCAAAAUUCCAGUUCUGCCCCUCCUCUUCUUCAACAUCUUCUUCUUAUUUUCCCCUUCCAUUUUCAUCUGGAAAGUUGAGAUUUUCGUCUCUCAUAGUAGCUUCUUCCAUCAAUGACAAUAAGAAGAAGAAUAAGAACAAAUCAGACAGCCAUAGUUUCUUUCCACGACCAGAUGAAAUCACUUUCCCUGAAGCCGUCCUCCUCAAAGAGGUGAAGCCUGGAGAAGAUGGUAAGCUUCUGCCUGAGUUUGCUGAUGCGGAAGAACGAGCUCUUUUUGACUCAUUGAGUCUUCAGCUGGAGAGUGAUUUAGAUGUGGAAAGAAUGCGCCACUAUGAAGUUGUUUACUUGAUUCAUGAAGACCACAAGGAUAAGGUAGAGAGUGUCAAUAUGAUGGUUCAAGAUUUUUUGAAGGAGAAAAAAGGAAAGGUUUGGAGAUUCAACGACUGGGGUAUGAGAGGACUGGCUUACAAGAUACGAAAAGCGAACCGCGCGCACUACAUAUUGAUGAACUUUGAAUUAGAUGCCAAGUGGAUAAAUGAUUUCAAGGAGUUGCUGGACAAGGACGAGAGAGUCAUUCGACAUCUUGUCAUGAAGAGGGACAAAGCGGAAACAAAGGAUUGCCCGCCGCCUCCGGACUACUAUUCUUUAUGUGACGACAAUGAGGUAAUGGAUGAGUACGAAGAUGAAGAUGAGGGUAAUGAUGAUGAGAUUGAAACUGAAUUGGAAAUGGAUGAUGAUGACUUUGAUGAUGAGGGUGAUUAUGAAGAAGAAGAAGAAGAUGAUGAUGAUGAUGAUGAUGAAGAAGAAUAUGAUGAUGAUGAUGAUGAUGGAGGUAACAGGCCGAGGAUUCCAAGUCUGGCCAGAAGGGAAAAGGAAUUGGCAAAAGUGUAGGCAGGCUGUUUGUAUCUGGCCUCAAAGUACUAUUUUUUUUUUCCUUUUUGUUUGAGUAUAUUAAUAUUUGUAUAUACGCACACUUUUUUUAACGUAGUGACUCACUAAGAUUCAAACCUAAUGGCGUUUCAUUUGGGAAAAUCUCGGUUAUGUCUCUCGAGCACAAGGCCUUAGCGGCCAAAAGCACUAUUGGGUAGUAUGUCUUGUUUACUUGUGAGACAAAGG